AAUGGGUAUAUUAUUGCUGUAUUACGUAAUCUCGGCUGAAAGAUUUAGCAUCGAAUCUUUCUUUCCAAGCAUUCGCUGCAGCUCUGGGCGGGAGCGGAGCAUCCGAUUAACGACGUCUAUGGAAUUGCUGCAAUAGGCCUCUAAAGGAACAGUUGGCGUUUCUCUUCUCUUCAAAUUCAUGGAUCAUGUGGCACCACCGAGAACCAGCACAAGCUCCUCCGGGUCCGGCUUCCUCUUGUCAAAACUGUGCAAGCGGCGAUCCGUCACCGUAUCGUCCUACAACGACAACCCAAAACCUAACUACCGCUCUUCCAGUGCCGAUGCUGGCACUGGCAAUGGCCCCGAUGAUAACCGAGAUGGUAAAGUGCAUCCCCAGCCACUGGAGGAGCCUCCGACUAGAGUCUCCAAGUGCUCAGAAGAAGCUGUGAUCUUGAAGCUAUUCGAUGCCAUUACUGCCCUCAAGUGUGCUUAUGUGCAGCUGCAGCAGGCCCAUCUUCCUUACGAACCCAAGAAGAUCAAGAUGGCGGAUGAUGUCAUGGUGUCUCUGCUGGGGACCCUAUCUAGUCUCCAGGAAGCUUACAGCUCUCGAUCUGCGCUUCACUCGCAGAUUCAGGACUGUCAGGGUGUGUUGGCACAGUUGCAAUCCAAAGCGCGCAUCAAGGAUUCCGAAAUCCGUCGACUGAGGUGGGAAAUGGAGGAGUUGGAAACAGAAAACGCAGCGGUGGAGAAGAAGGUUAGGCAAACAGAGAAGGUGUCGCUCUUCUAUCCUAACUGGGAGGCGACACCCGCUCUGUUUUCCCGUGUAUGCAGAUCCACUGCGAGAUCCUUUCACGACUUUGCAAAGCCAGUUAUUAGCUUGAUGAAAGCUUCGGGGUGGGACCUGGAUCGCGCCGUCAGUUCGCUCGACGAUUCUCUUUUUUUCGCUCAGAGGGUGCACAAGAAGUAUGCGUUGGAAGCAUAUCUGUGUCGGGUAAUGCUCGGCAGGGCAGCUGAGGACGAAAGCGAUCAUGGGUUGAGCAUGAAUCAGUUGGAUCGAGUGAUGACUUAUCAGGAACCUUUUGAUGCCGUGAUGGAGGAUCCUAAUGGUUGGUUUGGUAAAUAUUGCCGAGCAAAGUACGCCCUGGUGGUGCCAUCCAAGAUGGAGCGCUCCUUCUUUGGGAAUCUCGACCAGAGGUCAUUUGUCAUGAGCGGGGGGCAUCCGAGGACUCCAUUUUAUGAGGCAUUUGUGAGGAUGGCCAGAUGGGCUUGGGCGUUGCAGGUGAUGGCCAACUCCUUUAUUCCAAAGGCGGAGAUGUUCUAUGCCAAGAGAGGCCAUGACUUCUCCAAGGAUUUUAUGGAGAGUGUAGCCGAUGGAGUGAUCUGCGAGGAGGAGGGAGGGGAGACGCUUGAAGUUGGAUUUACGGUGACGCCAGGCUUCCGAAUCGGCAGCACCAUCGUGCGCUGCCGGGUCUAUCCGUGCAGGAUGGCGUCUUCCGUCGACGCUUCAGCGCGUGUGCUUUAAACUAGUUUUAUAUAUAUAUCAAGUGUGUGUGUGUGAUCUUGUUCUGCUUUCUAACUUGCAGAAGCGGCAACUAUAUAUGAUCGUACGUGUCAGCUCAUACUAUUUAUAUAUUUAUAUUUGCAACACUACUCUUUAA